AUGAAGCGGCGGAAGGGCCCCGGCCUCGGCGCCGGCCGAGCGCCGAAAAAGACGGGUUUGAGUGAUGUUUCGCCUUCCACAAGCCUGCCUCCCCUUGUGGAAGGGCAUCUGCACUGCUUCCUGAAACUCACCAUUAGCGAAGUCCUGUGGAUGGUGAAGAAGCCUCCGUCUUGUGCUGACAUCCGCGUGCGGUGGUGGGGGGAGACGUCAGAUGGUACUCGGUUCUGUCCCAGAGAUUCUUCCCAAUCUGAGCAAAAAGCUGUAAGAACAACUACGCGCUAUGCCGUUCGCUGUGGCCCAAAGCAGUUUAGCGCCUAUCUGACAGAUAUGGCGAUCCUCGUCCUAGAAGUAUUCAGCAAACCUGACCACCUACCCAUUGGCAGCGUUCAGAUCAGCGGACUAUCCCAGCUCUCUCCAAACCAUCCGAUCGAUGGAUUCUUCACUAUUGUUUCACCAGCAUCUGAAAAGCUUGGGGAACUCCAGGUGUCGCUUGCGUUAGAGCCUCUGUCGGAAAUGUAUGGGAGCCGCGGCUCUCUCCCUGCCACGGAUGUGAGUGUGGAUGGGCCUCUGGCUGACCGGAGGCUCAGAGGGAAGGCCGAACCCAGCAAGACUCCGGUCCUGGUUCCAUCUCAGCCGUCUAGAUUUGCCACAACCAGUUCGGCCUUAAAAGAGUCCAUAAGCAGCAGCAGGGCCACAACUCCAAAGCAAAGGGAUUAUUUGUACGUCCAGGAGAUCAGUGACCCCACAAAGCGUCCUUUCUUUGGGCCGCCCCCACAACUGAGUUCAAGCCAGGCCGGAGAGGGAGGUACCCGCAAGCCCGCGCCUCCAGAGCAGCCGUCCCUCCCCACUCCCGCCGAACAUCCGACACCAACCGGCAGAGCCCCCGACUGGUGCGGUGGAUCCCGCGUCCCCUCCGGGACCAGUCCCGCCACCAAAGACCUCCUGUCAGCUCUUUUGGAACAGGGAAAUAAACUCCGAAAUGCCAUGGUGGUUUCUGCAAUGAAGUCCUGCGCAGACAUUGACGUGGACUUGCCCGAAGUUCAGCUUUCUUCAAAGAACAGCUCCUCCAAAGCAUCAGCCAAGGUGCCAGUGCCAUUCGGGGGCCUCUACAAAGACUUCAUUGUACCUGAAGCUGAAGUCCCCUUCCUCCCACCGGCUGAGGAUGGAUUUUGGGAACACGACCCGCAAGCGGAGGCUAAUGCAAUUCAGUUACUGCUGGGCAGUGUCGAGUUAGCACAUGGGCAUGGCUGGGCCGGAGUAGGCUCUCCUCCAAACUCACUUUCUCCCAAGAGCGAGCUGGAUUGCAACAGUGAGCUCAACGAUCCUCAGUAUGACCAGAGUCUGCUGGAGAACCUGUUUUACACGGCACCGAAAUCUGAUGUCAGUGUAAGCGAUUUCCUCAAUGAAGACGACGAUGACACGCCUUCUAAAAAAAUAGAAACGGGGGGGUUUUCCAGGUCCGUGAAUGGGCUGGACUCUAAAGACCGUGGCCAAAAGAAGAUGGCAGCAGGAAAGAAGCUCAGAAAUUUUCCUGUGGGACGGAAAGCCACCUCUGAAAUUCCAGAGGAAACCCAGCUGACAAUGCUAGGUGUGGAUAGGCUGGCACUCCUGGGUCGCAUACACUCAGCCAGAGUCAUCAUCGAAACGCUGAGCAUUCCUCCAGAUGGUGUUCCGGCAAGUCUGAGCCCAAAGAGCUGCAGUGGGAAACCACCCCGACCAACGGUAGCCAAAAAGCGCACUUUCUUCGUGGAAUACCGCUUUCCUGUAAGAUCCUCUAGAGAUGGAACAGGGCAGACUUCAGUGACCGUGGAGAUCGUCCAGCUAGCAUCAAGGAAAAUUGCAGGAGGAGUGGUGAAAUUCCAGCAGCGGUUUGUGUUUCCUGUCCAUUUUGAUGGAGCAAUGAUAGAACAUUGGUGGAACUCAUUCCUCACUUUCAAAAUUUUCCUAAGGAAAAAUACGGAGAAAAAGCCAGGGACGAUCGGGUCUGCCUCUCUUCCUCUGCGAGACAUCCUUCAGUCGGAACUGCUCUCUUUCAGCGGCGAGCUGCACGUGGUGGAGGAAGACGGCCAGGCACAGAUUGGACCCCUCAAGAUAUCCGUAGCCCUUGUAGUAAAUAACAAAGACUUCACGGAUGUCUCUGCUAAGUUGGUCAAUGAUCACCUGCAAAGCCCCGUAUGCCCUGAAACAAGUCCAGGAAAGAAGUCACUAGAAGCUGAGUGCGUUGUCGUAUGUGACCGGAGCCCUCAGACCCUGCCACAGAAACCUGAAGCAACUUCAGAAGAAUCACCCAAGUUCACCCCGAGUGUGUUUAAGCCCCCAUUCUCCGAGGCCAAAGCAACCUCCCACUGUCCCAGGGGCCAGCUGAGUGGUACAGCGGAAGAGAAUGGAUUGCUCUUACACGUCUUGUUGAUGGUGCCAGAUGGAAAAGACUUUCUCUCGGGGAGCUGUGAAAAGCAGAGGCCAUGCAAUGUGUAUUUAAAGUGCAAACUCUUUAACACAGAGGAAGCCACGAGGUCAAGUGUGGUCUGGGGCACAACCCAGCCAGCCUUUCAUUUUUCCCAGGUAACUCCAGUUUCUCUGAGCCCCAAACAUCUGGAAAGACUGAAGAACAACGUGAUGGUGAUUGAGGCUUGGAAUAAGGUGGGCAGAGCAGGGACGGACCAGCUGCUCGGCCUGGCGAAGCUCCCCCUCCAUCAGUUUUACCUGUCGUUCCGAGACCCCAAGAUUUCUCGGCUGCUGCUCAAGGCUCAGUACCCGGUGGUGGCCAUAGACAGCUACGUGCCAGUGAUUGAUAUCUUCACGGGCCACCAAAAUGGAAGCCUCAGAGUGCUUUUAGCCAUGGGUUCGGCUGAACAGGUCAUGGCACUGCAGAGGCUAAAGAACGAGGAGGAGACCCUUCCGUCCGAUCCCCAACGACCAGCCCAUUGUCUGGAUCGACCGCCGUCUCCCGUUACCACGGCAGAGUUUCAAAGAGAUGGGCUGGUGGAGCAUACAUUUGAGGUCCAUGUGGAGAAGGUGAAAGGACUUGCUCCACUCCAAUCGACCGUCUGGGGAGAAGCAGAUUGCUAUGUCCAGUACUAUUUUCCAGCUCAAGAAACGGACUCUAGUGUGUUGAAAGGGACCGAGUUAAUUGAAAGCGGCACUGUGUUGAAGCCCCGUCGCUCAGCAACCACGUUAUGCGUCCCUGAUCCCAUCUUCAAUGACAAGCAGCUCCACACUCUGCUGGUGCCCCCUGGGAUGCCUUUGCAAAGGAUCCUGCUCUGCGCCUUCUCCACGCCGGGUCAUGCCGCCGGCGUGGGAGUUCAGUUCGAGAUCUGGUGCAGAUACUACUACCCCAACGUCAGAGACCAGAUGGUGGCCAAAGCAACUUUACCAUUGUCCCGGCUCUGUGCCCUGGUGACCAUGCAGCACUCGGGGGAUGUGGGGAUCCAGACCUUCAGUCUUCCCUUGAUUCCCUGGACUGCCCACAUGGAAGGACUCCAGCCUCUGCCUUCAGGGGUGCUGGACGUGAGCCUGAGGUACAGGCAGUCGCUGAAAACAGCAGAGGGUGUCGUGGCCGCUCGAGCCGUCUUCAUUUCUGUGCACGUGCGCAGAGCCGCCGGUCUGCAAGCAGCGGCCAGAAGAGCAGCCGAAGAGACGCCCUCACUCCGGUCCAGCGCCGAGGUGGGCAUCAACGCUUCGGUGGCUGUGCACUUCUCCUUCCUGCCCAGAGGAGAGGUGCGCAGGACUUGCCCCGUGGCCCAGACUUUCUGCCCCGAGUUUGCCUAUCACCUCGAGUUUCCCUGUAACCUGGCGAUCCAGCGUGGGGGCGGAGAAACCUGUUUCCUGGCAGAACUCUUGGAGUUCGGUGAGGUGACCUUCUCCGUGUAUCACCAGGAGGCCAAGGCAGCUAAUGAGGCAUCCAGAAUGCAGCCCCCAAGAGAUUAUCUCCUCGGAGUCGUGAGGGUUCCAACAAGAGACCUGCUCAUCAGGAGAUCUGGGAUUUCCGGGUGGCAUCCAGUCACUUUGCCAGAGGAUGCAGCGCUGCCUUCCGGCACAGGCUCGUUGCACUCGGUCGUGGGUGGCCUGGAGCUCUCUGUGGCCUUUUCCCGUCGCGGUGACCGAGAGCGUGUGGUGGAUGCCGCUCGGCUGGCAGGCAGGAGCCGGGGGGAUGCCCCGGGCGGCGGCCUGGAUGGCAGCCUGGACGGGGGACCCCGGGGGCCCUGGGGCCCGGCGGCCCUGUCGGUCUGCACCCCGAAGGCCUGGCUGCCGGUCCACUGCCUGCUGCGAGCGGGCCAGAACCACGUCCCCCAGAACACCUACUGCUACCUGCGCUACAAGCUGUACGAUCAAGAAGGCUUCUGGACCCCGCUCGCGAAGCCCCGGGUCACAAGGGACCGGAGGCACGUCAGCUUGAGGUUCGAGGUGACGAGGAGCGUCCGAGUGACUAGGAGCCAGUCCUUGCUGUGGUAUUUCAGGGAGGAGCGCCUGGAAGUGCAGCUGUGGCACGCCCUGGGGGACGACAGCGGGGAGAGGCCCCGUGACACGGACCGCUGGAUCGGCUCCGCCUACGUGGACCUCUCCGAGCUCGGAGAGAGGCCGGCGCCGGUGCGGACCGUGUGCGGUGUUUACCCUCUGUUCAGGCGCAACGCUGACGACCUGUCUGGAGCCGCUGUCCGAGUUCGCGUCACUCUGACUUCCAGAGUCGACCCCAACAGUCCUGUCCUGGGGAGCGACUCUGCUGGAGACGGCAGUGACGGUGACUCCGAAGUGACCCCCAGCAGGGAUGUCCCGGCCUCCAAGAUCCUUGAUGUCCCAAAGGAUUGUGCAAGUCCAGAAAUGCCCUGUGGACCCCCAGCCCCAGAUCCAGCUUCAGCUCCAGCCCCAGCCCAUCUGGAAAGUACUUUUGCUGUCAACAUCCUUGUGGAAAGAGCACUGCAUCUAAGUUUAAAAGGGAGCCCUCUGACUGAACGAAGUGUUGCGUCUCCCAGUUGCUGUGUGUCUUUUGUCGCUGUGGAGGAGAGGUCCCCGAUCUAUACCCCGGUGGUUGAAAAUACAGACUCCCCAGUCUGGGACUUUGAGCAGCAAACAAGGUUACCCAAAGAACUUCUGCUGGACCCCCGGCAGGCCCUAGUCUUCAAAGUUUGGCACAAAACAGAUGUUGAGAGAGUGAUUGGUUUCGCCUCCGUGGACCUCUCGCCUCUACUGUCUGGCUUCCAGUUCAUCUGUGGCUGGUACAACAUCACCGACUUCAGCGGGCAGUGCCAAGGGCAGAUCAAGGUUGCCAUCUCCCCUCUCGAAAACAUAAGCCAUCUCAAGGAAGAGAGGCUCGCGAGGCCGGCACCCAAAGCUUCGGGAUCAGCAAGUCAACACUUUGGGACUCUGUUCCCUCAAGCCUUGACUGUACCUUGGCCUUCACUUCCCAGCUGUAUUUCUAGAGGCGUCGCAGACCCCUCGGCCCAGGGCGUUGGCUUCUCAGCCUCUAGUCAGAGCAGUCCUUCGAGAAGCCGAUCAGCACGUCGCGAAGAGCACAUUCAAAACGUUCGCCGAUUUCAUGAGUCCCUGCAGCAAGUGGAAGGGAGUGGUGCGCAUGGUGACAUCAGACUGGAAUCGCUGUCUCACUCAUCCCGCUCUUCACUCCGAGCCUCUCUCAGGAGAAACCUGAGGGAGUUGGACGAGAUUCAGCGCCACUUCAGCAGGAAGCUAGCCAAGCCUCCUCCUGGGCUCCAGGGUGGCCGUGAGACCCCGCGGGAGCGGCUGAGUCGGGAGGAGCCUCCUCCUGGGCACCACCGUGGCAGCAGCGCGCCCACACAGGGCUGGCCCGCAAGGGAGGAGCCGACCCCUGGGGCGGGAAGGAUCAGCCUGGACCCGGAAAGCCGCGGCAUUCUAGAGAAAUCCAGCCACCUGGUGUCUCACGUCAGCGCCCUGAUUACCGAUCUGCAGAAUAUGACCAAGGGUGUCCAAGACCCGGCAAGCCUUCAGCAAGGCACAGCAGUUGAGACUCUGCUGGGCGUACAGAGUCCGGCUGAUGGAGAAGAGAGAAAUGGCUGGCAGCAAGAGGAAGCGUCAGCCAGAAGCCCAAGGGGCCAAGUGCCCACACCUUCUCCGCCCCCUCUCCAUAGUGCACCGCCGUUGGGAGGUGGGCUGUUUGAGAUUCCGGACCAAGCAGUGACUGCACAAAGCCCUCCCCGGCUCACCCGAGGACCGAGCCAGCCCGAGGCAGUGCCGGCUUCCAGUGAGGAUGAGUAUGAAGAAGAAGAGAUCAUUGAGCCAAAGACCCUCAAUGAAAUAACAGCAGUGACUGAUAGGACCAGCCCCUGGUCCAGCAUCCUUUCAGAAGCCGAGAAGACUGCUGCUGCUGCUGCUGCUGCUGCUAUGGAGGGAAGGGGUGACCCCCUGCACCCCUCCAGAGCGGGUAGACAUGAGGGAAAUGACCCUCUGUCCAGACUCCAGCCAGAAGACUCCCCUAGUGGACUCAGUUCGGCCAGCUCAGGCGCUAGCCCCUGUACUGAGAUGGGCGGACUGGGCAGCACUGAGCCAGGAGUGGGUGACUUGUCAGAUGGUUGGGGAGCCCAGAAGAAAGAUAGGCCAGAGGCCCAGGCAGCGUCCAGCCCAUUGACUGGUUCUCCAGGGUGCUGCACCACUACCGAGGCCCCAGCUGCCUCGGAAACAGAACAGAGUUUCGUGUCCGGGAUCUGCGGUGCGACCCGGACAGAUGAUGAAUGGCAUGGAGGGCUGACCUCUCUCUCCUCCAGUGGUGAUGAAGGCUGCCCUAGUGCCCGACGGAAAAGGGGGCUUGCCAUCCGGAAGGAAACUUCAAGGCCUCAGAUCACGUUACCGGACCCGAUUGUGGUCCCCAACUUCUUCCUUCCAUCCCGACAGCUGGAAGCAUCUAUGAGGCUACUGGCCCUGUCUACAGCCCCGGAGGAGCUGAAAAGAAGCAAUCCUUCCGAGAGAACCCCGAAUUGGAGCCGCAGUCGCCCUAAACCCAGCCGGGCUCCUGCAGAUCUGCCUCAGCAGGAGGCCCGAAGAAUCGCCAAGAUAUUCUCUGGCCAGUAUUCCAAGGAAAACUAGGCAGACCUGCUUAGAGGAAGAAGGCUGGAGGAUUGGUGAGCAACCCGGCGGGGCCGGCGGCCUGGAGCUGAGGUCCCAGCGGGGGCUUUGCCGGAGAGGGAACUCGGGGGACCCUCAGCCUCGCCGGACCAACGCCGGAACCGGUGCCUCUCCCCCUACCUCCCCUCCAGAGGCAGCCCCCACUCAAGAACCUUCUCAUCUGGGCUGGUCCUGGGUGGAGGUAGAUCAGUCCCAGGCCAAGGAAGCUGGGCAGGGGGAGAGCCGGCUGGUCCUCAGGGACCGCAGUCCCGGCCCCAGGGGCAAGUCAAGCGAGGCUCUCUGGCCAGGGGAGGAAAUGGCUGCUAGUGACCCCCAAGCACUGUGCUUGGCUGGGCCAAAGACCCCACAAACACACAGUGCCCCCACCCCUGACCUAGCCCCUUGGGGAGGGUGGGGCCACAAUGGAAAUUCAUUUUUUACUAUCCCCUGGAGUCACUGUGGAGUAAAAAUCCACCCCUUCCUCCUCCACUUCAGGCAGUUGUCUUAAACUGAAACUGCACUUUUAAAUUAUUUUUUUAACAAAGUCAUCAGAAUUAUUUUCUCGUUUCAAUAAAGCUACGUUUGUA